AUGGGGGCAACCCCUUUCUACCACUCGAUCCUUGGAGUACGACUGCCGAAGCACUUUGAUAAGUCGAUAGAUAUGAGGUACGACGGUACUCAAGAUCCCCAGGAACAUCUAACGGCCUUCGAGGCCAGGAUGAACCUGGAAGGGGUAGGCGACGAAGUAAGGUGUCGGGCUUUCCCGGUAACCUUAGCUGGGCCGGCGAUUCGUUGGUUCAAUGUCCUCUCCCAAGGCUCCAUAACCACGUUUGUCGACAUCAGUCGCGCCUUCUUAGCCCAGUUCACCACGCGUAUCGCCAAAGCGAAACACCCGAUUAAUCUGCUAGGAGUGACACAACGAACCGGCGAGCCGACCAGGAAGUACCUGAACAGAUUCAAUGAUAAGUGCCUGAAGAUUGAUGGCCUAACCGAUUUGGUGGCCAGUUUGUGCUUAACCAAUGGGCUACUAAAUGAGGAUUUCAGAAAAUACCUUACCACCAAACCCGUCUGGACAAUGCAGGAAAUUCAGAACGUAGCCAGGGAAUAUAUCAAUGAUGAAGAAGUAAGUCAGGUCGUGGCAGCCAAUAAACGGCAGCCAACAUACUCUAAUGCCCGCCCAUCCGGCGGCGGGGAAAGGUCUAAGGAACACUCCAGAGACGGAGGAUCGGCCAAGACUUUCAAGCCCUUUCCCCGUGUUGGGAAGUUCACCAACUACACCCCCCUAGCGGCUCCAAUCGUCGAGGUCUUUCAGCAGAUCGCCGACAAGGGCAUCUUGUCGAAGCCCCGACAACUCAAGGAUAGGAUGGGAGGAAACAAGAGCCUCUAUUGUGAUUAUCAUAAGGGUUAUGGCCACAAGACCCAAGACUGUUUUGACCUGAAAGACGCCCUGGAGCAAGCCAUUCGGGAAGGAAAGUUGGUUGUGUUCUCCAACCUAAUAAGGGAACCAAGGAGGAGGGACCGAUCAACUCAUGACAAAAGCUGCGCCGUAAGGCAAAGACGGGAACCUGAGGAGGACAGUGAGCGUGGCCUUACUGUGGUAAAUGUGGUGAUUGGAAGGGUCGUCCCCCCAGAUCGAAAUCGACUAGCAAGAAGGACACCAAGGUCUUAG